CUCAACCGCUGUCUGUCACUGCGUCGCUCAAUUCCCGCACAUCGAUACCCAUUUUUUGUGUCUCUUGUUUGCUUCCUAGGUCCUUCUAAUUGCAUCGUCCCUCAUUCUUCGCCACAAUGUCGCCCACACCCUCGGAAGCGGUCGCGAAGGUUGCGCAAGUCGCCGCCGGAACCAGCUCGUCGGCCAAGGAGUACAAGAGAGAGUCCAACACAGCACGAUUCUUGGGUGCCGGAUGUGCGGGUCUUGCUGAGCUCAUGAUCUUUCACCCCGUCGACACCACAGCCAAGCGUCUCAUGAGCAACGUCGGCAAGAUUGAGUCGGCGUCGCACCUGAACAAGGUCAUCUUCAGGGACGCAGCCAAUGCCUCUGUUGGUAGUCGCUUCCUCUCCCUGUUCCCCGGUCUCGGAUACGCCGCUGCGUACAAGAUCCUCCAGCGCGUCUACAAGUAUGGCGGACAGCCCUUCGCACGCGACUACCUCGCCAGGCACCACGGCGACUUCUUCGACCAGACAUUUGGCAAGGGUAACGGCAAGGCCAUCAUGCACGCGACUGCCGGUUCCCUGAUUGGUAUCGGUGAGAUCGUCCUGCUGCCGCUCGACGUCCUCAAGAUCAAGCGUCAGACCAACCCUGAGGCUUUCAGGGGACGUGGACUGUUCAAGAUCAUUGCCGAUGAGGGAUUCGGUCUCUACCGUGGCUGGGGCUGGACAGCAGCCCGUAACGCGCCCGGCUCGUUCGCACUGUUCGGUGGCUCUGCCGCUGCCAAGGAGUACCUCUACAAGCUCACCGACUACAACAAGGCCACCUGGGGCCAGAACUUCGUCGCCUCGAUUGCCGGUGCCACUGCUUCCCUCGUCGUCUCGGCUCCCCUUGACGUCAUCAAGACCCGCAUCCAGAACAGGAACUUCGAGAACCCCGAAAGCGGUAUGAAGAUCGUGUCCAACAUGAUGAAGAACGAGGGUAUCGCUUCCUUCUUCAAGGGCCUCACACCCAAGCUGCUAAUGACCGGGCCCAAGCUCGUCUUCUCCUUCUGGUUGGCCCAGACCCUCAUUCCUGCCUUUGGCAAGGUCAUGUAAAUUUGUUGCUAGCGUUUAUGAUGAUGUUGUACUAUAUACGGGAACUACGGUUGUUGGGACUUAUAGAACUGGUCGCCGGAAAGGCGUUAGGCUCACGAUGCACGAGCGAGUGCGUUCAGGGUCCAGAGAUAUAUAAUAUCAAGAUCU